GCUCCGCUGCGGCGGCCGCGGCACUUCAAGGAGUCGCUGACUGAGGCGCGCACUCGGCGACGGACGGACGGCCGAGUGGAUCAGAGGCCGGACCAGAAGAGUGAGCACCCAGGAAUCACACUCGGCAACGAUGUCAGCGGAACUGGAGACUGCGGAGGGGGUGGAUGAGUCGGAGAAAAAGAGCUCCGGGGCCUCAGAAAAAGAGAACCACGCCAGGAUGGCUGACCUCUCUGAGCUCCUGAAGGAAGGGACCAAGGAAGCACAUGACCGGGCAGAAAACACCCAGUUUGUCAAGGACUUCUUGAAAGGCAACAUCAGGAAGGAGCUGUUUAAGCUGGCCACUACUGCACUUUACUUCACAUAUUCAGCCCUUGAGGAGGAAAUGGAGCGCAACAAGGACAACCCAGCUUUUGCCCCCUUGUACUUCCCCACGGAGCUACACCGGAAGGAGGCACUGACCAAGGACAUGGAGUAUUUCUUUGGUGAGGACUGGGAGGAGAAGGUGCGGUGCUCUGAGGCUGCCCAAAAGUAUGUGGAGCGGAUCCACUAUGUGGGGCAAAAUGAGCCGGAGCUUUUGGUGGCCCAUGCCUACACUCGCUACAUGGGGGACCUCUCAGGGGGCCAGGUGCUGAAGAAGGUGGCCCAGCGGGCCCUGAAACUCCCCAGCACAGGAGAAGGGACCCAGUUCUAUCUGUUUGAGAACGUGGACAAUGCACAACAGUUCAAGCAGUUGUACCGGGCUAGGAUGAAUGCCUUGGACCUGAACCUGAAGACCAAAGAGAGGAUUGUGGAGGAGGCCAACAGGGCCUUUGAGUACAACAUGCAGAUAUUCGAUGAACUGGACCAGGCUGGCUCUUUGUUGGCCAAAGAGACCCUGGAGGACGGGCUCCCCGUGCACGAUGGAAAAGGAGAUGUGCGUAAAUGCCCCUACUAUGCUGCUAAACCAGACAGAGGUAGGUCUCGCCUGUCCCAAACUCUCCUCCCAGGGUGGGCUGUGUCCACGUUCCCCACUGAUGCCAUGUCCCGUUGGUGCUGCCACACAGGUGCCCUGGAGGGCAGCAGCUGCCCCUUCCGAACAGCCCUGGCUGUGCUGAGUAAGCCCGGCCUGCAGUUCAUUCUGGCCGCUGGUGUGGCCCUGGUUGCUGGCCUCCUGGCCUGGUACUACAUGUGAAGGACCCAUCAUACCACGUUGGCGCCCUCCUCCUGAGUGACCACUGGCCUGCCCCCACCUCCACCGGUGACUAAACUACCACCUCAGGUGACUCUUCUUAAAUGCUGGUUUUGAGAAAACAAGCAACCAAUAAAGGCCAGACGCUAAAGCCUCUGCCUGUAGCAUCCUCUCUGUGGGCUAGAUGCUGAGCUGGCUGUAGGCCCACCAUUCCUGCAGCCAUUAGGCCAUGGUACUGGGAGCAGCCUGGGCCUCUGGAACCAACUCUGCUCCAGGGGCGUCCACACUGCUCACCCUGAGGCUCCUUCCCUUCAUUCUUCCUUAUGUUGGCAUUUAGGUGGGUACCUUUCCCCUGAUGGGAACAGAGCAGCCAGCAAGCCCAUGCUGCUGUAGCUCUGUGGGAGGGAGGGGUGGCUUGCACCCUGCCUCAGAGGCCUGGGGAGCUCCGUCCUGAACAGCCAAUGCUCACCCUCUCAAGCAGAAACUCCAGAAGAGGGGGGUCUGUUUAGCCGUGGCCUAUCUCCUCCCUUGACCUGUGUAAAUGCUACAGCACUCAAUAAAGUGGACUCUGACAGCUGCCUCCCUCUUUCCUGGCACCAACAUUACCCUUCUCAGCCACUCCUGCCCUUCCUGUGCUCCCAACACCCCUGGUCACCUCACAGCCCUCUGCCCAGAGCAAAGCCACCGUGUCUCACAAUGUGGUCUUGUGAUUCUCUCUCGCAAGUGCCUGGGAGGUUUCCUACUUUUUGAAAUAAUUUGUUUAUAAAUAAGGAUAAAAAGUAUAUGCUUGUAUUAUAACAAUUCUUGUCUAAAAUACAAAUGUGAACUUAAAUAUUUUUAUUGAUAGGAAUCAGUUUCUUGUUUUAUAUAUUGAGGAUCUGCAAAAGUUUUAUUCAGGAAAGGGUUAAAUGGCGAGGAAAACAUUGUCUUCGACUACUGACCAAGCCUACCCGUUUUUCACAGUUCAGAUGAGGGCUAGUAGGGGUGGAGCUGGCUCAGAACCUAGGGGCUGACUAGCUGCCCCCCAUUAGCCUUCAGACCAGAAGCCUCAGCCCCAGUGAUUCUGUCUUGCUUAAGGGAGCAAGGGUAUUUGCCUGCAGGGUGGGAUGACCCUGAGCUAAAGCCAGGGGGCUCCAGCCUGCAGAUGGUGUGGGCAGAUGCCGUGGCAUGGAGAUAGGUGAAACCAGUGUCAGAGAUAGGAAGGUGCCCUUUGAGCGCAGUGAAGCCAACUCCUGCCCCGACCCAGUCACGGCUAGAACCCCACGGCUUGUCCACACCGGGUUUGGGUGUGGUUUAAUCAGAUACUUAGUGUCAUCCCUGGGCAGUCAGUGCAGCACAAGCACAAAGACCCCAAGGACUCAAGCCCCUGCCCUUAGACCACUUCUAGCCCCCAC